GUGAGUGACUUGUUCAAACGAUGUGCAAUGGCUCUGACCCUGACAAAGCUCAUGAUAGAAAGUAAGAGCCACUUUGUAGAUGAAGAUGGAAAGCCUAUAAUGCCCACCCAGGAGGAUAUUCUUCUGACAGGAUGUACUCUCUUCAUCCACAUGAUGAAUCUGCCUUGCAAUGCCCAUUCUGUCACCGAGCUUGAGGUAAAUGUGAGCAGGUUCCAGGAAAGUACAACACAGGAAAUUGGGUCAGGAGCAUUUGGUGUGCUGAGUUUGACAAAUCAUUCAUGCAAUCCUGCAGCUGCACGUUCCAGUUAUGGAAAUGUGGUAGUGCUUAGGGCAAUAAGAUUCAUUCCGCAAGGAGCAGAAGUGACAGACAGUUAUGGGGAACACUAUGGCAUAAGGCCUUGUGAGGCAAGAAGAGCAGAAUUGUUGCAACAGUACUGUUUUACCUGUACAUGUGAAGCUUGUGUAAAUAGUUGGCCAACGUACCCAUCUCUGUCACCAAGUCUUGCUCUACGAUGCCUAAAAUGCUCAGUGCCUCUAAGUCUCAGCAAGGGUGUAUGCAAAAGGUGCAAUACCAAGUAUUCCAACAAAGAAAGCAGUGAUAGUAAUGGGAAUAUGUUGAUGUAUGAUUAUAAGGAAAUCGAUGAGCAGACCAAAACUGCUGCUAAUGAGUGUCAGAAAGCAUAUGAUAGCAUUAUUGAAGGGCUCAAUUCUGAAGAAAAUAUGACAACUCUGAUUCACUUUAUAGAGCAUGUUGACAAGUAUGUUCAACAUCCAUGUAAGUUAUACUUUGAAGCGCAAGAAACACUGAAGCACUGUUUUGACAGACAAGGCAACUGUGUUUACAGGAAGGAGGAGAGUGAUGGGACAGAUAUCUUUAAGAAGAAAAGGAAAUAAAGAACCUGAUGCAAGUUAAAUGAUAUCUAGGGCCUCAUAAUUUAGGGCUUCAUCAGUUGUGGAAGAAAGGGUGCUUAUUUAAAUUUUUUGGUUGUUUUAAUUUGGUGCUAUUAAGCAAAGUUGUUUUUGAUGAUGGAGAUAUUACAUCAGAAACUUACUUGGUGUUUUCAGCACUGAGUUCUUUGUGGAAAUUUAUUUAUUCUGAUAAAAAUCUACUUCUGUGAUAUAAACUAAACACAGGUUGUAGAACAGCAGUUAUUCACAAUUGGUUAAGUACCAGCAAAGAAUAUUAUGUCUAUGUAUUUUCUUAUUAGUACUUUACCAAAAUGUAUUUGGUGCAUAGGAGACAGGAGUCUACAUUUCUUUAGUAAAUAAAAACGGUUGGAUAAUUGUGUUGGAAUGUAGCACUGAAGUGAAGAGACAGAUGCAUAGAAAUGUCAGAAAAAAAGUAUAUAGAUAGUUUUUUAUACCUUUUUUUAGUGUUUUUUUUUUUUUUUUUUUUUUUUCCCUUUCUUUCUUUCUUUC